UAGUAGCGCUGUUCCUAGUAACAGUACUUUCGUUUUGUUGCAGGGCAAGCAGAGUUAACACGGGCACCUCCUGCCUUAGAAGCUUUGGAUGAGCGUCAUGAUGCUGAGAUAUACAGGGCGAUACUUACUUCUAUGAAGGACUGGGAACGUAAGAAGCAACAGAAACAGAUAACUAACAGGAUCAAGCGAGAAGAUGUUCCCAGUGCUUGCUAUCCAGAUCUCGGAUGUUUCGAAGCAUCCGGACCCUUUGGGUAUUUGGACACGUUGCCAAACAAACCCGAGGAAAUCAGCACCAAAUUCUGGUUGUAUCCAGGGAGGAGUAGACGAAGAAGUGGAUCACCUCCAGCAGAGGUGCCGUUUGAACGUAUGGACGAGGCCUUCGAAUGGGCCAAGCAGGGCUUCAACAAGAGCUUACCAACGAAGGUGCUCAUCCACGGAUUUGGUAGCGACUGCAGCUACAUCUGGGUCUACGAAAUCAGGAGUGCUUUGAUGGCAGUUGAAGAGGUGAACAUCAUCUGCGUAGACUGGAGCAACGGUGCGGCUCUUCCCAAUUACGUGAAGGCUUCCGCCAACACAAGGCUCGUAGGCAAGCAACUGAGCCUCCUUCUUCGUGGCCUGGUAGAGAAAAAUGGAUUGUCGCUCAGGAACACGCACCUUAUCGGGUUCAGUCUGGGAGCUCACAUCGCAGGAUUUACGGGAGCUGAUUUGGGGAACCUCAGCAGGAUAACUGGCUUGGAUCCAGCUGGUCCCCUUUUCGAGGCUCAAGACCCCAGAGCAAGACUCGACGAAACAGACGCAGCUUUUGUAGACGUCAUCCACAGUAAUGGAGAAAAUCUCAUCCUGGGAGGCCUAGGGUCAUCUCAGCCCAUGGGUCACGUGGAUUUCUUUCCCAAUGGAGGCAGAAUGCAGAAGGGAUGCAGUCAUUUGUUCGUUGGCGCUGUGACAGACAUCAUUUGGUCAACGGCAGUAGAAGGAAGAUCCUUAUGUAAUCAUCGGAGGGCUUACAAGUUCUUCAUAGACUCCAUCUCCCCCAGAUGCCAUUUUCCAGCUUUUCCGUGUAAAUCAUAUGAUGAUUUCAUAGCAGGAAAGUGUUUUCCUUGUACAGAAGAGAGGCAGUGCGGCAACAUGGGCUACUAUGCUGACAGGUCCAAAGGUAGAGGACAACUGUACCUGACGACGAGGGAUGAAGAGCCGUUUUGUGCUUAUCAGUACCACGUCAAAAUCGAAUCUCUACCAAGCCCGCUUCCUGUAAAAAGCUACGGCAAGAUCCAGAUCACUGUAGUAGGAGAAUCUUUGCUCAAUGAAACAUUUAUGAUGACUAGGAAAGAAGAUGAAGAAAUGACUUUGGGACAGUCAAUUUCCAGGAUAAUCGUACCACAUCCUAUCCUAGCUCAACCAACCAGGAUAGAGAUAUUGUACACGGCAUACAGUGGAUGGCUAUCAUCGGGACUUACCCAGUGGAGAAUGGACAAAGCUACACUCAUGGAUAGCUUCGGCAAGAUGUCAUCAGUAUGCAAAAAGAAUCUAAUCCUACAUUCCGGGGUACCGGUUCUACUCCCGCUAUACCCAGGCGAAUGCAACCUCCCGAAGGACCAGUUCGAGAAUAUCGCAGAUGACAGAAUCGACGACAAGCCCAAUGACACCGACAAGCGACCAGACUUCACGCCCACUCAAGUAGUUCGGGUUGGAUUGGAAGACAACGAUAACAAAUCGGACAAACCGAAUCUUUUUCGGGACACCAUGGGCAUUUUUAACAUCCCUUGGAGCAACGACAAGGAGAAUGAUAUUUUAGAUACCGAAGCGUCUGAGUCCAGCAGGGCGUUCAACACUAGGAUCAUCAAGGUUGAUAAUGCGAUCGCUAGUAAUGAGGAUGGGCUGGUAAAGGAGAUUGUUGAGCCGAUUUUGAAACCGCAUUCGAGUAAGAAUGCCAGGUCGCAUGAUCCUGAUAGGGAGAAGGUGGAGAUCACAGAACCUAUAUUAGGUCCGACUACCGCCAAAAGCAUCAAAGCAACAGCCAUAGUUAGCACUACGACUACAACUACUACCACCACCACAACUACAAAAGCCCCUGUUAUUGAGUUGAAGACAGAGGCGAAAAGUUCUGUCAAAAUUGCGUUCGACAAUGACUGGGUACCGAAACAAGUACCCGCGAAUCCAAAACAUGAGGGAAAGAGAAAGAGACAAGAUGAGUCAAAGGUGAUGCCCGGAUUUGACCGACCUAGCCAAGAUCCUCUAGAGUCACUUGCGACCACCGUCCAAUUUCUACCUCAAAGACUUGCCAGAAUGUUCCAGCAGGCAGAAAAGUACGCCAGAGAUAACAUUUUGCCCUUAGUUAGCACUUAUACCCCUAGAUUCAUCGCUGAUAUGAUCACUCCCAGGGAGACCACCCCUAAGUACGUGCCCUUGCAUUACGAUGAGACCACGACGAGGAAAAGUUCGAAGACUAAAUCCAAGAGCGUUGAGGAAACGGACAAACCCAUGUUUGAGGUUAGCGAGUCCAGACAUGUCAUCGUAGAAAAAGAAUUUAAACCAGUUACCGAUCCAACAACUCCACACACCCAUAUACAGAGGCUCACAAAGAAAUCCGAGGAAGAAGAAGCACAGUUGAAGGCAAUGCUGAAGGCGUCUACUAAGAAGAUCAUGAUGACUACAACCAGCAUUCCUGAGUCGACUCCUACCACUACCCCUGCUCCUACAACGACUUCAACCAAAAAGGCACCAACUACGAAAGAGUACAGCCGAAGAGCUAGAGAUGAUAAUAACGUCCAGCCCCUACGACCACCCCAGGACCCCCUGGAAGCUAUCAUAACCCAAGUUCAGAUCCUUCCCGAAAACCUAGGUAGAAUGUUCCAACAAGCCGAGAGGUUCACUCGGAAUACGGUACUUCCUCUAGUCAGUAGGUUCACACCAAGGUUCAUCACGAACAUGUUCAACCCUAGACCGAGGGAGGGCCCCAGGUACAUUCCUUUCAUUGGAGGUGAGACUAGUGUACAUACGCCUACUGUCAGGCUGAACGAACCAGGUCGGAACAAGAGAAACCAGAGGUUCAACCCACCACCCAGGGUAGAGGAGGAACCUGACGAAGAUGGUACUACAACUACUACGACAACUGAAGCUUCUACGAUAGGAAGUUACAUACAAAAGAUUCCGAAAAGGAAAAAGGCGUAAAUGCGUUACUUAGGUAAUGGGGUACUGAGUGACCAUAGAAUGAUUGAAAAAUAUCAGUGAGUCGGUGUCGCUAUAUAUUAGUUACGCUUAUAUGAGAUGGAGUCUUCAAUUUGCUUGUACGUACAAGAAACCUUUUUCUUGGCAAGAUUUAUAUAUUUUUAUUGCAUCUGGUGCUGCAGUGGGUCUGGUGGCUUUGUAUUCACUGGUUUGCCUUGUCAACAAAAAAUAUCAAUAUUGUUAUUCAAAGCACACUGUCUUGCUUAUAUCGCAGUCAUAGAACAAUUAUUAUUUAAGAACUUGCCGCAUCUCAAAUGUAGCAUUUCACGACGAAAACUAUACAGGUCCAGCAUCACAGGGAGUGUACGUGACAAAUCUGGCUCAGUCCGGGAUCGGCAUUCCGGAUCGGAUCAUGUGUUCAACAAGGUGCAAUUUGAUAAGUGCCAUAAUGAUGUAGCCGGAUGGCACGAUAAGUGGCAAGGUGUACUGUUCCACUAUGUUCGUGCCCUAAGGACGAGACUAGAGUUGCGACUAUAGUAUCUGUGUGAAAUAUAAUGUAUCUCGGUUUCUUGUAAUUAUCCAGAAACUAUCGCUGGGAGGAGAUUCCAUUGAUUUCGAUCAGCGUUCAGCCUGAUGUCACAAGUUUCUCUUUGUUGUCAAGAUUUUAAUAAAAAUUGUUUCAAAUAGCCUAGCUGUGAACUUAAGGUUAUAUUUUGAUAGGCAUUUUCAUCUCAGACUACUAGCAUGCUAGUUUAGUAUUGCUUGCAUGUUUGUGUCUCAUAUCAACGAACUUUCACUCUUUGGUAACAGUAGAAGUUUCCCAUUCAAUAUACCUUGCACUGCGGUCACCUGUAACACUCUCUAUGAUGCCACGAUGCAUAACAUUUUUCUUAUUUCUCAUGGUCACUUUGUACCAAGUUACUGUUGUAAAUACACUCUCCUGUAUAAUAACCUUUGUAAAAGUCAACAGAGAUAAACGUAUACGAUUUCAACAUCUUAAGUUCUGCUGAGUAUGUCGUGUACGGUAGUUACAGCCAAAUAUGAGGCUCAGACAAAUCCAGUAUCAGAACCUUAACUACUCGUAUACAUUAUCGAACUAUCAAGUACUAUCAUGGAAACCAAUGCAAAACUUUUUGUAAUAAUGCAUAGAAAUGUUAAGUUAAAAUGACUUGGAAAUGACCUUCAAAUGCCCUCAUAGAGACAAACUACUGUAAAUUGUAUAGAUUAUGCAGAAAUUGUUUUCUGACAGCUGUUUGAUGUUCUAGAGCAAUGUGUGAUAGUUGCACUCGUCAAAACAAAAAAACAAAUAACAGCUGAUUAUUUACUAGUAUCCAAUAUACCCUAUAUCGUCAAGUGGCAGUAUUGUACCUAGUAGUGUACAGUUCAAAACUAUUACAAGGGGGCAGUCAAACUGUCCUCACAAUGUCAGUCGUAGUCAAUACUAUAGGGACAUUUGAUAUGAGUCAAUCAAUGUUUUACCUGACAUAAUAUACAGGCUGUCUGAAAGGUUCGGGAACCCCACGAGAAUUAUUGAACUUAUAAUGGCACGAAAAAACUGAGUUUACCCCAGCUAUCUAAUAAUGACGUUGGAUUCGACCUUGACCAUGAUCUUCAAAGUCAUUCGAAGGUCAAGUCGAUUUUUUUAAAUGUAACCUUUCUGACCCCAGAAAUGAACAGAAAUAUGGUCUACAGUAUAUUCAGAUAAGAGAUAGACCGGACAUAAACAAGACCACGUGAUCAUCGAAUGCUGUAACAUUCGGCAGGGACGUAUUAAGAGUUACGCAGUACAUAUUUUAGAUAGUAGAUGCUGCUUUGCGUAAGUUUGUAGUAAAUUAGCACAAUUCGAUGUGUAUACGAUUGGUGAUGGAUAUAGGAUCAUGUGGGGGUGGGGUAAGAAAUAUAUAAUGAUGUAAAUAUACAUAAAGGUUUCAAAAUUUUCGCUUCGAUUUCAAGCUUCGGAUGCCGCCUGAUGUUUGGUGAUAUACAGUCGAAUAUAAUCUCAAAAUGGCGUUUAAAUUAGCCUAAAUUAAAAAUAAUCGUAUAUCUCUUAAAAUUGCUUUUAGAAUACUGAUUAGUAUAUUUUUUGAUUUCUAGGUAAAUAUGUAACCAAAUUAAAACGUUCAAAACGUAAAAAAAUGUGCAUGGUUGAACAUUGUCAGAAAGUAGAUUCUUGAAUAGGUUUUGCCAAAAUGGGUUCAAAAAUGUCAAUAAUUAAUUAAAAAAUACAGUAGCUUUAUAAUUACUUAUAACUUACCGAAUUUGAUGAACGACACCUUUUAUUGGAAAGAUGAGCUUGAUGAGCUUUCAUCAUCGCUACUGCCUAAAGCACCAACGUCAAUAAUGAAUGGCUCGACUUGUUCCUCUAAAAUAUUGUCCAGUUCCCACAUUCUCUUUUCAACUUUGUCUUUCACGUGCUUAAUACCGUUUUCCCAUUUUUGCGCUGUUAUUAAUUCUAGUGCUUCUUUGAAAAGUCCUUUGAGGUCACAAAAUUUAAAAGUUGUAUUGUGCUUAGCUAUAUAAUUUUUAACCUCUGCCCAUAUGAGCUCAAUGGGAUUGAGCUCGCAAUGGUAUGGAGGUAAACGGAGCACAGUGUUAUUUUGACUUGCUGUCAUUUCGUCAAUGGCGUAUUUUUGAUAUUCCGCCUUGUGAUCCUUGAAAAUUCUUAAUAAUUGUACUUUCAGCAUUGCUUGUUCAAAGUUGAUAUUUUUCGAGCGGAGCCAAUUUUGAACAUCAACUUUCCUUGAAGCCGUUGUUGGGACCUUCUCCAUUCUUCGAGAAUGGUAAGGCGCAUUAUCCAUCACAAUUACUGCGUUUUCCUCUAAGUUCGGUAAAAUUUUUGAAAACCACUGUUCAAACGAUUCGCCAUUCAUUUCCUCGUGGUAAUCUCCAGUUUUCUUAGACUCAAAGCACCACAGACCGUCAACAACAAAUCCAUCCUCACUGCCAAUAUGGCAGAUAAUGAGCCUUUUCCCUUUACCUGGAAAUCGAAGUACUAACUGGUGUAUAUUUAUUUCAAUAAGCGAACCUUUUUCAAAUGUUUUCAUCACAUUCAGCGAAAAAACAUUGAGACAUGAGUAUCAGAUUGCUAUAAUUGGGAUUAUUUAGUCAUAUUGAAAGAAAGAAUAUUGAACGUCGUAUGAUUAGUCAGCGCUUCACAAUUUAAUUUAAAGUUAUAAACCUUUAAAAAAUGAAUGAUCAGGAACCUGAAAUACGCGCAAAUAUUAAUAUUAACAAAUUAUAACUUUAUAAAGCUUAAAGUAUGAAUUAAAAUGAUUAGAAAUAUUAGGAACGGUACACAAUAUAAAACUUAGUAACUUUUUUUAAGUUUAUAAUAUUCGACAUAUUUUAAGAUUAUAUUAAAAAAUUAUUGAAAUAUCGAAAACACAUAAAAACAUGGCUUAAAAAAGUUCUAACAAAUGAAAAUGACAAUAAAACAUCCACGCAUUUUAUCGCAAGUUAUAAAAGUUUUGUUACUUGUAAUAUGUUUAUUAUUUAUUUUUUAAGAAAGAAGAAUUCAUGCACUUUCCUCCUAAUCGCAUGCUUAUCAGCUUCAUCCAAUGAUUUAACAAUACUUUUGCGAUGUUUACUGGUCAUUGGCUCAGAAAAGGUGUGAUUUUUUUUGUAUUGUCUUAACACAUUAAACACUGAUGCGCGACACACCCCAACUUUGUGAGAAACCUUCACAACAAUUUCUUUGAUGGUUGAUGCCUCGUUCUCCUCGCGCUCCAUCUUAUAUAUAUUCAUAAUGACCUCUUUCAUUUCUGCACUUAGGUGUCUUUUUUUGGAGCGUUUCCUAGGUGGACUACAGGAGUUUACAACUUCAUCGGCAGUAUCUGUACUACUGGGCAUUUUGCGCAAGCAGUUGAUAACAAUAACAAUCAAUAACAAGGUAUAACAAUAACAACGACAAACUCAACAACCUAAUAAGAUAACAAACGAAAACAUCCAAAGAAAUAUCAAAUUGCAAUGAUGCACACGACAUACGUAACACGUCUGAACCUGAAUGUGACUCUGCCUUGAUACGACUGCUCUGCCGCUCGGCAUAGGCAUUUAAUUGCGAAUUGACCAAUGAGGGCUCCUGUUUUACGUCGAGACGGCGGCGUUAGCGUGAAAAUCACCCGAACCUUUUGUUUACAUCCGGUCUAUCUCUUAUCUGAAUAUACUGUAGAUCAUCCCAAAUUUUUGACCUUAAUAGGUCAUUAUCAAGGUCAAGCCCAGGUAUGGUGAUAUAACUUGAAAGCCAGUAGUCAUAUAGGGAAACACCGACUUAUUAUUUCCAUGAUUUUCCUUGGAUAUUUAAUGAUGACCUUGGACCUGACCUUGUCCGUGACCCUGAAGGUCAUUUGGAGGACGACUCUUUUAUUCAAUGGGACCCUGAAAGUAAAGACAAAUUUUAUGUUCUGAUGUCCUUGACCAGUUUUGGAACUUGCCAUCGGAAUUGACCAUCAAGGUCAAACACAAGUUUACAUUAAUUUAUUGAUAAUUCAAAUAACAAAAAUCGACUUGACCUUCAAAUGAGUUAUGGUCAACGUCCAAUCCAAGAUCACUAUUGUAAAGCUGGGAAAAACUCCAUUCAAUCGGGGGUUUUUGGUUUUUCAUACCAUUAUUAGUUCCCUAAUUAUCAUGAACCUUCCAGAAUAUGAAGAUUCAGUCACUUCAAAUUGCGCGGCACUGAAAAUGUCGAUAUUCAGCUCUCCGUCAGAGGUUGUAACAGAACCAGUUGAGAUGUGCGGAAGAUAAAUUCGUUUACGGAAAUGUGUUUAGGAUCAGUUCCACUCCACUUAAUUCGCGGUCCACACGAAGCUUUGUUUAUCUGCUUUGAACGUUAACUAUUGAUCGGUGGUGUAGCGCGAUGGAAAUAAGAUAAAUUUGUCUUUUAAGAAAGAGCUGCAAGUACAAACAAAGGGAUCGUAUACCUCCAUUACGUGGAAAUAUUCUUACAUGUCAACAAAGUGAGAUUGAGCAGAUUAUUAUCACAGAUUCAAGAGCAAACAGAGGCAGGUAUCGGGCAUAAUUAACAACCUGGGUUAUGCUUCAAAGAUUGCACAGUUUUACCAUUAGUUAAACCCGCCUGUCUCGAUAAGCAAACAUAUAUUUGGUUUCAGUUUUUCCGUGAAGAUGCUGACAUAAGCUAGCAGUACUUAGAAGUAUGCCUAUGUUUCCAGGCUCAGUAAAACUAAACUAAACUAAAACACUAAAGUUCGUUAAGAGACAGGUUUUGAAGAAGGCCAAUCUUUUCAGUCUUAGUCUAGCACAAAUGCAUUUACUUUCAGUUCUGAUAUCGUUUUGGAUCAUUUUGAUUAUUACUGUAGGUAGCCAAGCUGUUAGAUAGCCACAGACCACCGUAACAUGUGCUUGGCAACCUUCCUUGUAAAUAUGGUCUUCAUUACUAUUAGGCAGUCUAUUUUGCGUUACUCCCUGUAUACAAUAAUUACUAUUUAUAUAUCUUAUACCCUAACCAUUGUACAUAGUUGUAAAUAGCUUUCCAAUUUAUAUUUUUUACUAGUGCGUUUGUAAUAUAAUCAUCGAAUAAAGC